AGGAGGUGUAAGAUGUAGAAGCAGAAGAAGAAGAAGACGAUUUGGUCGAGUCCAUGGAGUCCAAAUGGGUCGCUCCUCUCUUCUUGGUCUGCUUAUUGCUCUCUCUCCAAUACCCUUCUUCAAUUCAGGGUAAUGAUGGAUUUGCCACUUCAAGAACUCUAGAGGAAGAUGCUGGCGAUUCUGUUGAGAUACAUUGUUCAAGAGAAAGAAGUAGGGCAGCGUGGAAAAUAAAUGAGGAGUAUUUGAUGCCCUUUGUAGAGAAAGAACGGUAUCAGAUUUCGAGAGACUGUAGGAUGCACCCUGACAAUGAUCUGUAUAGAGAUCAGGAACAGCACAAGAUCCAUAUAGAUGUAAAUGAAUGGAAAUGUGGAUACUGCAGAAAGGGAUUCUAUGAGGAAAAGUUUCUUGAUAAGCAUUUUGACAAUAGGCAUCGGAAUUUGCUGAAUGGGAGCCACAACAAGUGCUUGGCAGAUGUGUGUGGCGCGCUUCAUUGUGACCUCGUGAUGGAUACACCAAAGAAGACCAAGUGCAAUCCUGCUGCAGCAGCAAGGAAUAAACAUCUGUGUGAGAGUCUUGCUGAUACUUGUUUUCCUGUCAGCAAAGGUCCUUCAGCGAGCCGUCUUCAUGAGUUCUUCUUGCGCCAAUUCUGUGAUGCCCACACUUGCACCGGAAAUCGGAAACCUUUCUCUCGAGGUCGAAAGAAGAGGGUGAAUAUGCUCUAUGUUGUCGUUUCCACAUUGAUUAUGCUGCUACUGUUGUUGUUCUAUACCUUCAUUUACUUGUAUCAGAGGGGAAUGAAAAAGGGAACCCAAAAUCUGAGGCGCGUCUCACUAAAUGGAGGGAAGAAAAAGCCAUCUUAGUUGCUACUGCAAUUUCCAAUAAUGAUACACGAGGAUUGUUUUCUUCUCUUUAUUUCUUUAUGAGAGAGAGAGAGAGAGAGCAGUGCGGAAACUGUUUUUUCAGUCAAAAUUGGUGCGUCCAUUCUUUUUGUAACAUAAACAUUAAAUAGAAUUCCAACAAAGAGUGCACAAAGUUUUGUUACCGUGCAACUGUCUCGGAUUUGAUUUAACAAAGAGAGAACAAAGAUUGUGACCA